AUGUCUUUGACAUCAUUGAUGCGCAAAGCUCGAUAUUUAUUAGAUCGUGAUUUAAAAGAUAAAUUUACCGCACAAACAAUAGACGAACAUGCAAUUGAUUUGACAUUAACAAAUCCAUGUUUAUAUCUAAAAGAAGGUGUAACAAAAAUAAAUCCAAGAUCGGUAUCUGAACCAUUUUGGGAAGAAUAUUCAGAUGUAAAUAUUAAAAAUGCUGAAACUCAACGAUUAAAUGCUGUUCAAUUACGUAAUGUUGUUGAUGGUAUAUUGAAAAAAAUUGUUAAUGAUCUUAAACAAGCUGUUGAACAGACAAGUCGGUCGUUUGAUCGUCGUAUAUUUGAAUCAAAACAGGCAAAACAAAAAUUAGAAGAUCAAGUUCGAGAAGUUAAUUUAUUAAUUCAUCAAUUAGAAGAAAAUAUAAAAACAGUUGAAAAAGCUAUACGUGAUAAAGAACAAUAUUUAAAAUUAGCUCAUACACGUUUGGAUAUACGUGGACAACGUCCCAAUGUUGAACUAGUUUAUGAUGCACCACAAAAACGUCUUAUUGAAGAAAUUCGAGAAAUUGAAUAUGAAAUACAACGUCUUCAAGAACGAUUGGAUGAAGCUCAUGUUCGUCUAAAAAAUUUAGAUCGUGAUAAAUUAAUUUUAGAAAAAGAUAUUGAAACAAAAAAUAAUACAAUUUUUGUUGAUGAAGUUGAAUGUCAUCAAGGUUUAAGAAAAGCAAUAUCUAUAGUAGAUUGGUAA